GCUAUAACGUCACUGCGCUCCGGUUGCCUCCACUCCACUCUCUCAUCCCCUCGGCACCAAAAUCUCUGUGCACUCUACUCUCUGUCAACUAUUUCGUCGAUCACCUUCGGGGCACUGCCGGGCACGAAGCAGGCAGAGCUCGUCGCCGCCCCGCCAUGUCUCUCCGGCCUAAUUCCAAGACCGACGCGAGGAAGAAGUCCUACAAGACAGGCGUCGAUGCGGAGGAGGCGAGGAGGAGGAGGGAGGACAACCUGGUCGAGAUCAGGAAGAACAAGCGCGAAGACAGUCUGUUGAAGAAGAGGAGGGAAGGGCUCCCGCUUCAGUCCCAGCUGCAAUUGGCCGAUGGGUCACAGAAUGCAGCCGCCAUCGAGAAGAGGCUGGAGAGUAUCCCGAACAUGGUACAAGGUGUAUGGUCAGAUGAUCCAGCUUUGCAGUUGGAAGCAACAACAGGUUUCAGGAAGCUGCUGUCAAUUGAACGAUGCCCACCAAUUGAUGAGGUGAUCAAAGCUGGUGUUGUCCCUAGGUUUGUAGAGUUUCUCGCGAGGAAUGAUUCACCACAGUUGCAGUUUGAGGCUGCUUGGGCAUUGACAAAUGUUGCCUCUGGGACGUCAGACAAUACCAGAGUCGUGAUUGAUUAUGGCGCUGUCCCCAUGUUUGUGCAACUUCUGAGCUCUGCCAGCGAUGAUGUUAGAGAACAGGCAGUGUGGGCUUUGGGAAAUGUUGCUGGUGACUCUCCGAACUGUAGAGAUCUUGUUCUUGGUUACGGUGCUCUUAUACCUUUGCUAUCUCAGCUAAAUGAACAUUCAAAACUAUCCAUGCUUAGAAAUGCCACAUGGACUUUGUCCAACUUUUGUCGUGGCAAGCCACCUGCACAAUUUGAACUGGUGAAGCCUGCACUACCAGUUUUGCAAAAACUCAUACAUGUGAAUGAUGAGGAAGUUUUAACCGAUGCUUGUUGGGCCCUUUCAUAUCUUUCUGAUGGUCCUAAUGACAAAAUCCAAGCUGUGAUAGAAGCAGGUGUCUGUAAACGACUCGUGGAACUUUUGCUUCAUCCAUCACCUACCGUUCUUAUACCUGCUCUCCGGACUGUUGGGAACAUUGUCACUGGUGAUGAUGCCCAGACUCAGUUUGUAAUCAAUAAUGGAGCACUUGCUUGCCUCUAUCAACUUCUAACACAAAAUCACAAGAAGAGCAUUAAGAAGGAAGCCUGUUGGACGAUCUCAAAUAUAACAGCUGGGAAUAUAGCUCAAAUACAGGCUGUUAUCGAUAGCAGUAUCAUCUCCCCACUAGUUAAUCUUCUCCAACAUGCGGAGUUUGACAUCAAGAAGGAGGCUGCAUGGGCAAUUUCCAAUGCUACCUCUGGUGGAUCUCAUGAGCAGAUUCAGUUCUUGGUGAGUGAAGGCUGCAUCAAACCGUUGUGUGACCUCCUAGUCUGUCCGGACCCGAAGAUUGUGACUGUUUGCCUUGAGGGGCUCGAAAACAUUUUGAAGGUUGGUGAGGCUGACAAAGAAAGGGGAUUGAAUAAUGGCAUCAAUUCAUAUGCGGUGGUGAUAGAUGAGUGUGAUGGACUGGACAAGAUCGAGCAUCUGCAGACCCAUGACAAUAACGAGAUAUAUGAGAAGGCCGUGAAGAUCUUAGAGGCUUAUUGGGCCGAGGAAGAAGUGGAUGAUGUAGGUGUUGGCGAUGGGAAUGUGCAGCCUCUCAGUUUUGGAGCCAAUCAGCUCAAUGCCCCACCAGGCGGCUUCAACUUUGGCUGAUAAGUAUGGAGAUUUUCCUCUUCUUUUUCUUUGUUUUUUUUGGGUCAUUUGAGUUGGUAUAUCUGAUAGGAAUCUUUUGUUUCCUCUCGAAACUAUGAACGUAUUAGGGUAUUCCAUUAUCGGUUGCCAAUGGUCAGUCAGGGUUUUUGUGUCUGGCAUGGAGGCUCGGUCUAUGUAUUUUGUACAAGCUAAGGCAUUCUAAUCUUUGUAACGGUCUUGUUUCUCUUAUUGCAUAUUUCGGAAAUGCAAAAAGGAGUCUUUUUCCGUA